AAUUUGAGCUUUGACAAGACGUGUGUCGUCCAUUGAAAUGAAAAUAAGUUGUCAUAUACCUUUCGUUAAAAUCCCGUAAUAAUCAUAUCAAUGAAUCAGAUUAAUUUAUAACCUACUCUUCUUGUAAAAUAAGAAAACGUUCAUUGUAAUUUUGCAUAUAAGGUUAUAAAGUUUCAAAGGGAAUUAUAUUGAUUUUAUGACAACGACGCCGAUGCAGAACGAAGAUCACUUUACUAAAGAUAAUAUUUUACGACAUAAGAUGCCGACAGCCAGUUUUGGUUCAAUUUUAUCAAGUACAUUAAAAGAAGAUUGUGCUAUUAAAAAUGUAUGGAAUCAUAACCUCCACGAGGAAUUUCAUGUUAUACGGCAGAUAGUACAGAAAUAUCAUUGGGUAGCAAUGGAUACAGAGUUCCCUGGGGUAGUAGCUCGUCCCAUAGGUGAAUUCAGAUCUACAGCAGACUAUCAGUAUCAAUUGUUAAGAUGCAAUGUAGACCUACUCCGGAUAAUACAGUUGGGUCUUACAUUUAUGGAUGAAAAUGGCAAAACUCCUCCUGGAUGUACAACUUGGCAAUUCAACUUCAAAUUUAAUUUGCAGGAAGAUAUGUAUGCGCAAGAUUCAAUUGAUUUACUACAAAACUCUGGUCUUCAAUUCAGGGAGCAUGAAGAGCAUGGUAUAGAGCCUUUAGAGUUUGCAGAACUUUUAAUGUCUUCAGGUAUUGUGCUAAUGGAUAACAUAAAUUGGUUAAGUUUUCAUUCUGGAUAUGACUUUGGGUAUUUACUGAAGCUUCUGACUGAUCAAAAUUUACCACAAGAAGAAAAUGAUUUCUUUGACAGUCUAAGACUGUACUUUCCUACUGUGUAUGAUGUUAAAUACUUGAUGAAAUUAUAAAAUCUUAAAGGAGGACUUCAGGAAGUUGCAGAUCAAUUGGAGAUAAGAAGGGUUGGACCACAACACCAAGCUGGUUCUGAUUCUCAUCUUACUGGCAUGGCAUUUUUUAAAAUAAAGGAAAUUUUCUUUGAUGGAAACAUAGAAAGUACCAGUGGCCAUUUGUAUGGAUUGGGAGCUCCAUUCACAAAUAAUGUUAAUAAUUUCCAAGAUAAUAUUGACAAUAACAGCUCGUCCUGAAGUGAAGGAUACAACACAGUGAUAAGUGUUGCAAUUCGUGGAGGAAUGAUAAUUAAUAUUUUGUACCUGAUUAUUUGCAAACAAUUACAAUAUUUAUAUAAACUGUGAUAAACCCGUAUAUGCUAGCUAAUAAAUUUGCCUGAAAAUAAUGUUUUAUGAAUAAACAUCAUUGUUUGUA